GUUGCCUCGGUCUCGGAGCUGAAGUCAGGAUUCCCAGUUGAGAUUCAGACCGUUACACGCCGAGAGACCGACACCUGGCCUGCGUCUGCCGCCGUCCUGCUCACUCUGUACCGAAUAUAACCGACUAACGGUCCGCCAUGGGAGUCGAAGGCUGCACCAAAUGUAUCAAGUACAUGCUUUUCUUCUUCAACUUCAUCUUCUGGCUUGCAGGAGGUGUAAUCCUGGGUGUGGCCCUGUGGUUGAGACACGACCCCCAGACCAGCAACCUGCUGGAGCUUGAAUUAGACGGCAGCCAUGCCCCCAGCACCUUCUACAUCAGUGUCCACAUCCUGAUUGCUGUCGGCGCAGUGAUGAUGGUGGUUGGUUUCCUUGGCUGCUAUGGCGCCAUCCAGGAGUCCCAGUGUCUAUUAGGAACUUUCUUCGCCUGCCUGGUCAUCCUGUUCGCCUGCGAAGUUGCAGCUGGAAUCUGGGGCUUCAUGCACAGAGACACUGUGUCAAAGGAGAUGAUCAACUACUAUGACUCCGUGUACGAUAAGUUUGCGGCACAGUCCGCCACGAACCAGGAGGGCGCGAAGGCUACCGCCUCUGUGCUCAGGGUCUUCCACGAGACGCUGAGCUGCUGUGGGAAAGGCAAGGGGACCUCCGUAUUCACAAAGUUAACAGACGCAUUAGGCCUGACUGACAUCUGCCCCAAGUCUAAAACAGAUGAUUGCCACACGAGGAUCAAUGAAUUGUUCUCAGAGAAGAUCUACCUGAUCGGUAUCGCCGCUCUGGUGGUUGCAGUUAUUAUGAUCUUCGAGAUGAUCUUCAGCAUGGUGUUGUGCUGCGGGAUCCGCAACAGCCCAGUGUACUAAAGCGACGGGCCGCCAGCCUGCUCGCCAAUGAAGGAAGGACGACCUCUCCGUCUCCGUCUCAUUCUUUUCCUUUUCUUUUAUAAGCAGGAAACGUCGCAUAUAUUGCUUGCUGGAUUUAGUCAGCUCUUUGAGAAGACAACAUAAACCAUCCUCCAUUGAGCAUUUUAAUUACACUGUCAAUUAUUUUUUUGUUAGUCACAGAUGCUGUUAUGCAUAUUUGACCAGUGCUAUCCUAACCUGAUAUGUAGAUAUUAUAUCACACUGUCACACAUGAAUGACAUUCACCAGUUUCGGUGCUCUAAUCCUUUAGUGACGCAUUAGUUGUUUACUGCUUCCUUGCCUAUGAACAUGCUCUUAUAUUCUUUGUUUUAUGGAUGGUUUUUUUUUCACUGUUUUAUGUAUAAACUGUAUAUAAAUAUAUAUAUUAACAGUGCUUUAUGACUGCCUAAGCAUGGAAAUUGUAUUACAGUAGAUCCUUCUCCUGUAUUCUUCCUGCACUCUCUGCUUGUUUGUCUUGCUCUAGACUGAACCAGAUGAUGGUGUAUACGACCGGCACUAGUGAAGCACUAGUGUUGGCUUCACCAUGCCACAUAGAGGUGAACACACACGAACACACGUCCCUGUCCUACAGACCAUUGUCUUGGUUCACACCCACACUGCUGUGUGAUGUCUGCAGGAACUGACUAAAGAAGGAAUCUCAGUUAUUCUUGGAAGCUGGAACCAAAGUCAAAGUGACCUGAUGUCUGUCAUUUUGGCCCUCUGGAAUUAUUCGUUGAUCUGUCUUUAGCUGUUUGUCGUUCAUCAUGUGUCCAAAAUUGUCUGAGUGCUCAGUUGCAUAAAACGUUUAAGGAAAGUGUUUCCCUCAGUAGUUGUCUUUAGAUUAUCCUGAGAUAAAAUGAAGUCAAUUCAGAUGUAGGAGUAACCACCUACAUCUCAAAUUUUGUCAAAAGCCUUAAUUGUGUAGUUAAAAAAAGGCUUUUCGUUGUGAGUAUUGAACAUGUAAUGUCUGAUUUUCCCAAACAACAACAGAAGAGACUGAGAAGUCAUUAUUUCAUCUUAGGAAUUUGUUUAAAAUUUCUGGAAACCUCCUUUGGUGCAUUUUUUUUUGUGAGAAACCAUAACAUUAAGAUGAAUCUAAAAACUUAGAGGUUUUAUACAACUGUGCCCUUAUUUGUGGAGGCAGCUCACUUAACACUCAAACCAUUUCUCCCAAAUCAGAAAAGUCCAAUUGAAAUAUGACCCAUAAUGUUUGGCUGACACUCCUGUUGCGUCCAUGUUUUGGUCUUGCGCUUUUUUCCACCAAACAUUGACCAUCAGUACAUCGUCCAACUGUCCCUGGUUGGUGAAAGUCCAGCCCGUAUUCAGUGUAACGGCAGAAAGAGUCUUGGUUUGGUGUUCUGAAUCUGGGUUGCCUUGUCUGGUUGAGUCUAGUCCUGUUUCGUCUGACCUGGUUGUGUCAUUGUACUCGCCCUCUGGCUUCACAGCCUACUAACCCUUCCUUGUUGUCCCCAUUCAUGUAAUUGCUCCCAGUGCAGGGCAAGAACAGGGUGAAAGCAGCUCGUCUGUCCCGAGCCACCCAGUGGUUCGCAGCAAGCUUGUUACCCCCGUGCUUAUGUUGCUUGGCUGUUGGUUUGGCCCUGUAUGCACCCCCGAGAACAGUUUAAGCUAGUGUGUUUGCGUGCACAUACAGAACAGGGGCGGACACAAAAUCAUGAACACCAGUGCAGUUGAAUCAAACUGUGUGCGAGAUGAAUGGAGGCCCAUUCCUGCCAGAAAGACUAAUUAAUGAAAAACUAGUAACGAUUAAAGAAGAUUUAUGAGGGAUGCAGGGACUUCUGGAAUCCCCCUCAAACCACAACUUAGGGCAACCCAGUUGCCAGAAUAAGUCUUGGUGUUUUAAGUUUCUGCAAACGCAGAUGUUACAUUUAUACAUUUCAUAUAUAGUUGAUUUGUUGUAACUUUCAAAACAUAGCAGGAAAUGUAUUGACCUUUCAAUUAAAACAAAAACAAAAAAAAUUUGUCGUUUAAAAAACAGCUGGGAAAGUCCCGACCUUCUGUUAAAAAAUACCCACUUUUGUCGCUACAGUCGCAAUUUGCAACUAUGAACAUGGCCGGAAAUGUCCCGACCUUCCGUUAAAAAAUACCCACUUUUGUCGCUACAAUCAUCGGUGGAAAUGUCCCUACCUCAUGUUUUUUUUAAACUUGUAGCUAACAACACAGCUGGAACACAGCUCAUGGCUGAAAAUAUCCCAACCUCCCGUUAAAAAAUACCCACUUUUGUCGCUGCAAUCAUCAGUGGAAAUGUCCCUACCUCAUUUUUUUUUUUUUUUUUUUUUUUUUUAAACUUUCUUCUAGCUUUUAGUUAAAAAACACAGCUGGAAAUGUCCCGGGCUGUUGUCAAAAAAGACAGGCCUUUUGUUGGCACAGAAGUAGCUGGAAAUGUUCUGACCUCUCUUUAAAAAAUACCCACUUUUUUGGUACAACCAUGCCUAGAAGUAUCCCAGCCUCUCAUGAAAAAAUACUUUCUUUUGUCACUGCGGACAUGGCUGGAAAUGUCCCAACCUCCCGUUAAAAAAUACCCACUUUUGUCACUGCGAUCAUGGCUGGAAAUGUCCCAACCUCCCCUUAAAAAAUACCCACUUUUGUCGCUGCGAUCAUGGCUGGAAAUGUCCCGACCUUGCGUUAAAAAAUACCCACUUUUGUCACUGCGAACAUGGCUGGAAAUGUCCCAACCUCCUGUCAAAAAUGACCUGCUUUUGCUGUUCGUUGGUCUGGAACAGUGGUCGCUGGUGUCUCACCUAGGUGUCACAUCAUGCACCAUCCCCUCCUGAUGAGAAACUCGUUUCACGUGUAAUCUGAACUACAUAACUUUAGAAAGUGUUGAUAUGAAAUGUAACAUAGCUGUGGUGUGCAAAAAACUUACAUCAUUGUAUUCUGGUUACUGGGCUGCUUAUAGUAUCUUCUAAUUAAUAUUCUAAUUGAUAUGUUAUUACGUUUGUUUCACUAAUUAAUUUCAGGGCUGUUGUAUCAGACUGUAUUAGAUUUUACAGGUAUUCGUGAUUUUGUGUCUGCUCUCUGUAAAUCCGUCUGUAGCUGUCUAUGGGUGAUCGCAGUGGUAGUAUUUGUAUUAGUACAGGGCAGCGCAGUCACAUUACCAGCUACAGUGUUGACCACAAAUCAGUCUUAACUGCCCCGCUGAAGUUCAGCCAAUCAGAGCGCUCCCACCGGGCAUCUGACCACGCUGUUCAUUCAGUCCCGCAGGGUUCUCACUCCACCACGUAGGCUUCGAAGUAUUUUGUCCUGAGGUCUGUUCCUACAAGAUCCUGCUGCCGCUGACACUAACGCAUAACUGCACAGCACCGCAGUGCUCUAAGUUUCACGCAUCCUAAACACACACACACACUCACAUUAAAUCAUAUCAUCUUGUGUAACCCUUCAUAUUAUCACAGCUUUUGUCAACCAACUAAAAACCUUGUCUUGUUAACAUCUCAUACUUAAACUGAGAAACAGUAAAAGUGUCUUGUAAUAUUUACAGCUCUGACGUACUAACGAAAAUCAUGAAGGCUGUAGAAAGACAAUGUAUGCCUUUUUUCUUCUUGUAUUGUGAUAUCUGUGUUUGGUACGUCGUCAAAAGGAGUCUCGACGGAAAGGGUGGAAGAUUUUGUGGCAGUGGCAACUGACAGGAGUCGAACCUUCAACACAUCAGCUAGUUUCUCCCCACUGAAAAAAAAAGUAUGACAGCUUCCAUCAGUUGAGUAUUCCCCAGUGAUGAGGACACUAGCGGUGUUUCUCUGACAGUGCUGCCCAUGUUGCUGCCUUUUUAAUUUGGGACCCACUGCCACAUAAAUCUCAGCCCCUCUCUACUCUGUAGACUUUGGUUUGCCCAAAUAUAAAGGGAUUAAAUGUAUUUUACAAAUAA